AUGUGUGCUGGUCUAUCAGCUAGUAGUAGUAAUGCUCUAGUUGUACCAAUAUAUGAUAAAAUUCCUUUAUCUGAUUUAUUUGAAGCAACUGUACAAAAAACUUCUGAACUUGCAUGUGAAAAACUUUUUGGUGCUCGAAUACGAAAUUUUCCUGUAAUAGAUGCUAUUGAUGCAUUAACACUUGGUACAAUUAAUUUCUUACCUAAACGAAUAGCAGAAGUAACAACAAGUUUUACACCAGCUAGUGAAAAACAACGUCAACAAAUUUUAUCACAUCUUCAACAAAUUCUUACAGCAAGAGUACCAAAAAAUGGAAUAGUAACAUUAUCAGUCGAUGAAGAAUUUGAAGUUAAAUUAGGAAUUGUUAAUGAUAAUCCACCAUCUCCAUGGCAUAUUUAUCAAACUAAAUUAUUUUUACGUGAUACAGAAGAACCGGAUAAAAUUUGA